AUGUCGAGCACCGAGGGCAAGACGAUCACUUGCAAGGCCGCUGUCGCAUGGGAGGCCGGCAAGGACUUGGUCAUCGAGGACAUCGAGGUUGCAGCACCACGGGCGGGCGAGGUCCGGAUAGAGGUCUAUUACACCGGUGUGUGCCAUACCGAUGCGUACAUGCUCAGCGGGAAGGACCCCGAGGGCGCCUUCCCCGUCAUUGCUGGCCACGAGGGUGCUGGUAUCGUUGAGAGUGUUGGCGAGGGCGUCACCAACGUGAAGAAGGGAGAUACCGUGGUGGCUCUCUACACACCAGAAUGCGGCGAAUGCAAGUUCUGCAAAUCCGGCAAGACCAACCUCUGCGGCAAGAUUCGUGCCACCCAGGGCAAGGGCGUCAUGCCUGAUGGCACCUCUCGCUUCAAGUGCAAGGGCAAGGACUUGCUCCACUUCAUGGGCUGCUCGACCUUCUCACAAUACACCGUCGUUGCAGACAUCUCCGUGGUCGCCGUCACAGACAAGGCACCCAUGGACAGGACAUGUCUACUCGGCUGUGGUAUCACAACCGGCUACGGUGCAGCAGUCAUCACCGCUGGCAGGGGUGGCGUUGAGAAGGGCGCCAACGUUGCUGUAUUCGGUGCGGGAUGUGUUGGUCUUUCGGUCAUGCAGGGUGCGGCAGCGCGCCAAGCUGGCAAGAUCAUCGCGGUUGAUGUCAACGACGCGAAGAAGGACUGGUCCAAGCAGUUCGGUGCCACUGACUUCGUCAACCCAGCCAAGGACCUGAAGGAGGGCGAGAGCAUCCAGCAGAGACUGAUUGAUAUGACCGACGGCGGCUGCGACUACACUUUCGACUGCACAGGAAACGUGAGCGUUAUGCGUGCUGCCCUCGAGGCUUGCCACAAGGGUUGGGGUGAGAGCAUCAUCAUCGGUGUGGCAGCUGCUGGACAGGAGAUCUCUACAAGGCCCUUCCAGCUCGUUACCGGACGUGUAUGGAAGGGCUGUGCUUUUGGUGGUGUCAAGGGCCGCAGCCAAAUGGGCGGCCUCAUCGAUGAUUACAUGAGCGGCAAGCUCAAGGUCGACGAGUUCAUUACCCACAGACAACCGCUCAGCAAGGUCAACGAGGCCUUCCACGAUAUGCACGCCGGCGAUUGUAUCCGAUGUGUCGUCGACAUGAGGAAGCUGUAA